GAAGACGAAUCAAUCACUCUUCUUCUUCCUCUCUCUCUCUCACACACACACACGGAGCGAAUCAACAUGACGAAGCAGCAAGCUAACUGGUCUCCUUAUGACAACAAUGGAGGAACAUGUGUUGCGGUAGCAGGUGCAGAUUAUUGUGUAAUAGCCGCAGAUACUAGGAUGUCUACUGGCUACAACAUUCUAACUCGCGAUUACUCCAAGAUCAUUAAACUCGCGGAUAGAUGUGUGAUGGCCUCCUCUGGAUUUCAGGCUGAUGUGAGAGCUUUGCAAAAGGUUUUGGCAUCCCGGCAUCUGAUCUAUCAGCAUCAGCACAACAAACAGAUGAGCUGCCCAGCAAUGGGUCAGCUACUAUCGAACACUCUAUACUACAAACGCUUUUUCCCCUACUACUCCUUCAAUGUUUUAGGUGGCCUUGACAGUGAAGGGAAGGGGUGUGUUUUCACAUAUGAUGCUGUUGGAUCCUACGAGAGGGUAGGGUACAGUUCUCAAGGUUCAGGUUCAACUCUUAUCAUGCCUUUCCUGGACAACCAGCUAAAAUCUCCCAGCCCUCUCUUGCUGCCUGCCAAGGAUGCUGUUACUCCGCUUUCUGAAUCAGAAGCCAUUGAUUUAGUGAAAACAUGUUUUGCUUCAGCAACUGAAAGGGAUAUAUACACCGGUGACAGGCUGGAGAUAGUCAUAUUAAAUGUGAAUGGUAUUCGUAGGGAAGAAAUGGAGCUCAGAAAAGACUGAUUUCUCACGUCUUGUUUUGGCGGUUCACGUCUGAACUGAUUUGAAAGACCAGAAAGCAUAGCUCGUGAAUUCCUGGAGGAUUCAUUGUAUGGCUAUUGACAUCAGUUUCUAAUUCAAUUAUGAAUCAGUGUGGUAUGAAUCUUAGUUUCUUAUUAAGUGUAAGUGUUUGCUCAAUGAUGAAAUUUAGCAGUUUAAACUUAUUUGGUUUGAAAAACAAGGUAAGAAGCUCAGAGGGGUAGGUGGGAUUCAUCGUUAGUUCUGAGUGAAGAUGAGUCCUGUAUGAUGCUAUAUGUGGAGCAAUUUUAAGUUGAUUUUUAUAUUCAGCGAUAUGAUCAGAAAAGGAACUUUGCAGCUCUAA